AUGAGCGCGUCUGCGAUGACUGGGACGGGUUCCUAUUCAGCGGCGGACCAGAAGGCGCGCGACAUUUUGCGGAAGCACCACGAGGCGCAAUCAUCGGCUUCUUCCUCCGGCAGGAAAAUUGAUCCGAGUGACGUUCUACAGACACUGCAGCUGCUCCCUUUCCCCCGCAACACGGAGCGGGUGUCCGUGCGGCCCGAAGGCAAGGACUUCGUCCUCUCCAUCAAUGUGGGACUGACUACGCUUCGGGGCAAGUUCCCAGUGUUGUCGCAAACGGCGCGGAAGUGUCCGCACGUCGCGCAGCUGCUCGCAGAGUUCUGUCCCAGCGCUCCGUUUGGCAGAUGCAUAGCGGAUGAUGCUGGUUGUAUUCUACCUGACGAGUCAACACCCACAGAUGCGGUCGCGGUGGGCCAUGAUGCCACGCCUGCUGCAGCGGAAGAUGCUGGGCGGGACACCAAAAAUCGGUUCACUUUCACAUCCAUCACCGUGAACAAGAACUACGCCGCAAACGCGCACCGGGACGCCAACCACUACCGGGGAAACGCACGCAUCAUCGCGGUAGGCGAUUUUACCGGAGGUGAGCUCUUCGUCACGGAUUUCGACAAACGAAUCGACAUUCGCAAUGCCUGGCAUGACUUUGACGCGCGCGAGUUGCACGGGACGUUUCCCUUUGAUGGGGAAAGGUUCUCCGUGGUGUACUUCGUUCACACUGCCUCUGUGCCAAAGUUGCUGGGGCAACAUCUUCCCUUCAAAGCAGGAGGUAUCAGACUGGAGCCUGCGGGUGAAAACGAGGCGUACGAUCGGGAGCUAGAGUCACUGAAGAAGCAUUUCGUUGAGGAGUUGCAUAUGCCGUGGCCAGAUUUUCAAACCGAUUUUCCGCCAAGUAACUCAUUGCAGGCAAGUAUUGCGGCCUUCGGAGAUCGAGGCGUGCCAAGCACGACCAAAGUGGCAAGUGGGCAUAGGACAACGAUUUUUGACGUUCCAAGCUCCGCUUGUGCUAGGUCGCAACGUGGGCGGCCCAUCGCAGCCAUCAUUCUGACGAAAAAUCAGGCUCCUGGUGCUGCACAAUAUGCCCCACUUGUGCCGCUCGCCUGUCAAGCCCUUGGGGCAGUUUUCAAAGUGAAGUGCCGCGAGAGCAAUGCGUGGAGCCGCUUGGGGACAAAAACAGGAAGACAUCCGGUGCCUGUGGUAUUUCUCGAUCAGCAAAGCAUGGUUUCGUUUGCCAAAAGGAUGGAGCUAUCGUGCGAGGUGUGGGAAGAGAUAGAAAUAGAUGCUGAUCUCGAAAGAAAAAGCGAACGUGCUGCCGCGGCACUUUCGGAAGCGCAGAAAGAAGGAGACGAAAUCAGGGGUGAUCAGAGGACCACGGGAAAAGAACGGCACCGAACGCUAGCCCGCGGGCUCGUUUGCAUAUCUGACGACUCGGACUGUUAUGGUCACAGCUUGUCGAAGAAGCAGAGAACCGCGGAUCUGCCACCACUCGUUCGGCACAGGUUUGGAAUCGACUUGGAAAAAUCUGCUACCGACUUGUCGCCGAGCUUGCACCGAAAGUUGAAAAAAGAAAGCUCCAGGACGAUUUCAUCUUGCACCCCCUCGACCACAGAUGACGACGAGACGAGCGAGACCAACACCAAACCGGAGCUCGGCGGUCGCGGAAGGGCUGAAUUUGCCGCACAUGAGCCGACCUCAGAAAUAGAAGAAGAAGAUUGCAAGCCGAAUCGAGUAAGGCCGCCUGCGCUUGCCCCACAGCUCGGUGUUUGGUUUCCCUUCUCAGGAACACCUCGCGCUCCCCUGGAGCGUCGUGUUUCCUCUACGCAAGCGUCAAACCUCCCCCACGAAUCGUGUUGGCAGCUUUUGCAACUCGUGGAGCCCCCGUGCUUUUCGUCGAGGGAAAGCAACCGGAGUCUUGCAGAUCGCGCACUUAUGAGUAGAUCCUGUUCCACACCAGCGCGGCGAGGCUCGACUCGUCGCGCCCCACUGCCGGAACCACUGGCACGCCUCAUGCUGAACGCAGCCAAGGUGUUGCCCACAAGCAUGGUUUUGGAUCCUUGCGCAGGCGAGGGCACUAUUGGGCGACUGGUUGCCGGCGGUUGUCUUGGGAAUUGCUUCUCCGCGGAUGUUGUCUCAGACGGGGCAAAAUAUGCAUCUUCGGCUUCAUCAUCUGCGGUACUAGCGGAAGAAACCCGCGGUCCUUGCGAAUUUGUGACCGCCAACCUGUUCGCCGCGCCGUUCCGACUUGUCGGCCAGUACGACGCUGUAGUCUGUGACCCGCCGUUCGGACGCCGAGAACCCGUGGUAACUCUCGCACAUGGAGGGGCUUCCGCUGCCGGCACAAACCCCAAUCCUUCGCCCGCGGUUCUUGGCAUCUAUGAUAAUGCCUUUCUGCCGGAGCUUUUUCGACUCUCCGCACGUGCGCUGAAGCUUCGAGGCAGAUUGGUUUUUCUCUAUCCGCAUUACCCGAAAAGUGAGGAGAAGGACAAGGACGAGACAUCCCGAGGAACUAGCUGGACACCCGAAGACAUGCUCGCUUUGGGCAACGCAGCCAUAAAAGAAGACAAACAUCAGAGCGCCGGCGUCGAAGAUCCUCGAACAGAGGACAGCGCUAACUGCAGAUGGCACCUGGUCGGCACCGCCGAGCAGGAGUGGGCGAAAAGCUCGGGGCACGUCAUGGUGCGAAGACUGGUAGUGCUGGAAAAGCAACUCGAGAAGCGAGACGAGCGCAGCCGGCGCACAAAGGCGACGAACAGAAUUGUUGAGCGUUCUGAUGAACCGUGCGCUGCCACACCGGCCUCCGAGUCUUCGUGGUCCCAGCGGCUGCUGCACGACAUAGCAGCACCCCACUCUGAAGUUGACAGCAACCCAGCUGCAUCGUUUCUUCUUGACGCAGCGACGGAGCGCCGCAUCCGCCUGGCCGUCGAGGAUCAAUUGCAAAAGCAAGAGGCGCGCGGGCCGCGGAAGGUGUUUCAGGGUUUGAAGGUCACGCCCGAGCCCCAGCCCCGCGUCAGCAUUCCCGACUUUCUGCGGGAGGAGCGAACGCUGUGCCUCAAGGAGAAAACGGUGGAAACGAUCGCACAGGUGUUGCUUCGCGAGGUACAGGACGUAGUUCUGGGGCCUGUUGCUGCUGCCGCCUACCGUGUCGCAAAACCCGAUACCAGCAUCGAAGCCGGUUUUCGUGAUGUGUUUUUCCCGCGCGCUGCUGGCCGAGGGACGGCACGACCCUCAGCUCCGAAUUGGGACCACCUGAAGCCGGGCCGCAUUCAAAGUUUGAUUCGUCGAUGUCCGGAGUUCUGUGCACGCUAUAAGGCACUUAUCGCCGAGGAGGUCGGGCCAAAGCUGUUGCAGGACGCUUUGGGGAAAAACCCGCAUUUGGGAGAUCUUCGCGGGGAAAACGAAACGCAGAAGCUGGUGCUGCUGUACCAGUUUCCGCCUACCCUGCGCGUGAAGCAGGCCCUCCCCGCAAGCCUUUCCUCAAGCUCGGAGGCAGCAGGCGCUGCUAGUGCUACUGCGACGGCUGAGAAAAACCAGCAGGGGAACACCGUAACGACCGAUGGUGGAAACGCAGUUGCCGGCACGGCCCUCCAAACCCAAACGCCUUGCUCCAUUGCUCAAGUUCACGCGGACGACAUAUACGGGCAUCAACCGGGAGAAAUCAACUUCUGGGUACCGCUGGUGCCAAUUGGUCAUGUGUUACAACAAGAGCCGGAGGAGAAUAAUGUCAUGACCUCUCAACCACAACCAAUCGCGGAUGAGGACACUGCAAGUUGUGCCAGCAGUUCAGCUAAUGUGGGAGGACCCCGCCCCGCAACAGAGCCUGUUCUGAUGAACACGCUGUGGUCCGAAAGCGUUCCGAACAAGGCGGACUGGCACCCGUUCGCACCGCUGCGAGUGGGCGAGUACAAGCGAUUUUGGGGCAGCAAGGUCCGCCACUUUGCCUGUACGAGCACCGCAGUAACGGUGGCAGCUGCUACUGUGUCAGGUUUCACCAGCACUGGAGAAGCAACGGGAUCCAGUGGAACAACCGCCAAAGUGGCUACAUGUGCGGAAGAAAACGAGAUAAAAACCCGGGUGAGUCUCGAUUUCCGCUUGUGUCUACAAGAGCAAUUCGACGAAGAGUGGGAGCUCCCCGGAGUCGUCUACAGCCAUGAAAGAAGAGAGAUGGAAUUCGAAUUUCACGCCGGUAGGGCGACUGCUGUUCUUCGUGAUACUGAGACAACUCCUGUGCUCCCAGACAGCACAUAGGAAAAAAAAAAAGAUGCGAACAUCUACAUUUUCUCAACAGCGACGCAAAUACACAAAGGAC